GGCUCUUCGUUUUUCCCCCUGAAUUAGUCCGAGGUAAAGCGGUCCGCCUAGGCACCGAGGGGAUAUUGUUUCCGUUUCCAACUACCGAAUAUUUGGUUUUAAUCAUAUUUACCGCAAACAGUUUCUCAGUGGAGGGGAGCAGCGGGGAAUGAGCAGCAGAGGAAAUCUCCCGUGACUUUUCCGAGGAGAGCGUGGCCCCCGGUGCCAGCGGGGCAGAUAGUUGCUGCUGCCUGAGGCGGCUGCGUAGCGGCUCAUCACGGACGAGGACCGCUUGCUUGCUUCUCCUGUAUGUUCCUCUGAAUAACAGCCCGGCGCCAGCACGAUGGACCUGAAGCUGAUCUUGAUGUCUACAUUGUUAGCAGUCUUUUGCUGCUGUAAUGCUCAGAAAGAGGGGAACGAGUGCAUCAAUGCCAAUGCCAAAUACUGCGGGGAAUGCAUCCAGGCUGGAGCCAAAUGUGGUUGGUGUGAACAGGAAGACUUCCUGAAACAGGGCGAGUCUGUGUCAACCCGUUGUGACGAGCUGCAGUCUCUGUUAGAAAGGGGCUGUAAUUUGACAAAAAUUCAGAACCCAGUCGGAAAACAGAAGAUCAUCAUGAACAAACCGGUGACAAAUCGCAAAAAGGCCACAGGGGAUAAAACCAAUAAAACUGAGAUCACUCAGAUCCAGCCCCAGAAACUGAGCCUCAGGCUUCGAUCUGGUGAGCCCCAGUCUUUCGACUUGAAGUUCAAACGAGCUGAAGAUUAUCCCAUUGACCUGUACUACUUGAUGGACCUGUCCUACUCCAUGAAGGAUGAUCUGGAGAAUGUCAAGAACCUGGGAACCAGUCUUAUGUCGGAGAUGAAAAAGAUCACCAGUGACUUUCAGAUAGGUUUCGGUUCGUUUGUGGAGAAGACGGUCAUGCCUUACAUCAGCACCACUCCGUCCAAACUGCUGAACCCAUGCACAGGGGACCAGAACUGCACCAGCCCCUUUAGCUACAAGAAUGUCCUGAGUCUGACCAGUAAUGGCAGUAUGUUCAACUCCCUGGUGGGCAAGCAGCACAUCUCAGGAAACCUGGACUCUCCUGAGGGGGGCUUUGAUGCUAUCAUGCAAGUGGCUGUAUGUGGGGAGCAAAUUGGCUGGAGGAAUGUUACACGUCUGCUGGUGUUCUCCACUGAUGCUGGUUUUCACUUUGCUGGAGAUGGCAAACUGGGAGGCAUUGUACUGCCUAAUGAUGGAAAAUGUCACUUGGAGAACAAUAUUUACACAAUGAGCCACUAUUAUGAUUAUCCCUCUAUUGCUCACCUGGUCCAGAAGCUAAGUGACAACAACAUUCAGACUAUCUUUGCAGUCACUGAGGAGUUUCAGCCUGUGUACAAAGAACUAAAAAAUCUGAUACCAAAGUCUGCAGUGGGUACGCUGUCUGCCAACUCCAGCAAUGUAAUCAACCUCAUUAUAGAUGCUUACAAUUCUCUCUCAUCUGAGGUUAUUCUGGAGAACAGUAAGCUCCCAGAGGGAGUGACUAUAGCAUACACAUCCCAGUGUAAGAACGGAGUGGUUAGUGAGGGGGAAAAUGGACGGAAGUGCUCCAACAUCUCAAUUGGAGAUGAGGUCAAGUUUAGCAUUAGUGUGACAUCUAAGGGCUGCCCAAACCAAGGCAAGCCCGAGACAAUCAAGAUAAAGCCCCUGGGAUUCACAGAGGAGGUGCAGAUUACCCUCAACUUCAUCUGUGAGUGUGAAUGCCAGAAAAAGGGUAUCAAAAACAGCCCGGACUGCCACUCUAAUGGGACCUUUGAGUGUGGCGCCUGCAAAUGUUAUGAUGGCCGUGUGGGUAGGCAGUGCGAAUGCAGCAGCAACGAUGUGGCUACAGAGGACAUGGACCGGACCUGCCGUAAAGACAACGGCACGGACAUCUGCAGUAACAACGGAGACUGUGUGUGCGGCACAUGUGAGUGCAAAAAGAGGCCUAACCCUGAGGAGCGGUACAGCGGCCAGUUCUGCGAGUGUGACAACUUCAACUGUGACCGCUCUGGAAAUAAACUGUGCGGAGGGCACGGACGCUGUGAGUGCAGAGUGUGUAUCUGCGAGCCCACAUGGACUGGAACCGCCUGUGACUGCUCUAUGGACAACAGCACAUGUUUGGCCACCAACAAGCAGCUCUGUAACGGCAGAGGAAUAUGCGAGUGUGGCAUUUGCAAGUGCACAGACCCCAAGUUCCAGGGCCCCACAUGUGAAACCUGUCCCACCUGUCCAGGAGUCUGCGCUGAACACAAACUGUGUGUCCAGUGCCGGGCAUUUGGCACCGGCGAGAAGAUGAAAACAUGCAAGGAAGAGUGCAGCUACUUUAACCUGAUUAAAGUGAAGGACAGGGACAAGCUGCCACAGCCCAAUGACUACCCUUACCCUGUGAUGCACUGCAAGGAGAGGGAUGCCAAUGACUGCUGGUUCUACUACACCUACGCUGUCAACAACACGGAAAAGGAAGUCCAUGUGGUUGACAAGCUGGACUGCCCCUCCGGUCCUGACAUCAUCCCCAUUGUGGCCGGCGUGGUCGCAGGCAUUGUCCUGAUUGGCUUAGCCCUACUGCUCAUCUGGAAGCUGCUGAUGAUUAUCCAUGACAGAAGAGAAUUUGCCAAGUUCGAGAAGGAGAAGAUGAAUGCCAAAUGGGAUACGGGUGAAAAUCCGAUCUACAAAAGUGCUGUCACGACUGUGGUCAAUCCCAAAUAUGAAGGCAAAUGUUAGCUUCACAGUUCCGCUCUGCUAUCAAGUAUCCGACAGCUGCAGCCUUUACCAUAAAUUUGGGUUCUGACGGGAGCACGUGGUGGAAUUUAUGUGCAUUUUUCUAUUCGCUUUGUCAUUACAAUGUAUCAUUUGGCCCACUGCAUUAGUAUUUUUACUAACACUUAUGAUUUUUAUGCAUUUGUUGUAUUUUAGAUGUACAGUAUACAGUAUGUGUAUAUACUUUUAAGUUGCAUAUUUGCAGUUGAUGGAUUUAUGGUGUUUUCUCCUGCCUCUGGACUGGUACGGGCAGAGGAUUUAGCUUCUUUUUUUUUUAGCAUCACAGCGUGGACACCGUGGAUAAUACAAUACAUGCUGCUUCUUCUGUCUCUCCCUCUACUCGUCUUUCUCUGUCUGCACUGACUGCCUGUGAGUUUCUGUGUGCUGCUGGCAGGGCCUGAGUUUAAUAUGUAAAUUCUCGGCCAUAGCAGGACAUUAUACUGGUGUGUAUAUAUCGGAAACAACUGCAAUAGGACAUACUGAGUAAUAUUGAGCAUUCAGUUUAGAUUGGACCCUUGCACAGUAGAUUAUGCAGUGGUUUUAAGUGUAGUUUUGAACUGCAGCUUAAGAAGAUCCAGUGUUUAUGAUUUUACUCUCAUUAAAAGGGAAUGUGUACCACUUGUUCAAAUUUUGAAAAUGUGGUGAUGAUAAACAAUCAAAGGAGUUUUAUUAUUAGAAAACAAGUUAUUACUACCUAAUGAGAUAUAGUUGUAUUUGAUAAAUGAAAUAACUUUAAUACUCAUUCUCAGGUCCUUUCUUGUGCCCUUGUAAAGUACACCAAUAGUAUGUGGUCUGUCAGUGAGCUGGUGAAGUCGUUUGUGUGAGCCAAUUGUGCUGGUUUAAUUUUUUUUAGACUGCAAGACUGAAACGCUUGUCGAGAUGUCACAUGAAAACCUCUGAAAUGUGCCCACACCCAAAUGCCUCAUAAUUACCACACUCAAGCCUUUACAGUAUUGUUUUCAAAGUGCCUUUUAUUUCAAUAUCAUGUUUUCCCACAGUGCUGUUUAUGAGUUAUUUAUUAAAUAAUGGACAAAAAAAA